AUGGGGGAAUAUUUGUCUGUGAUGGAGGAUAGAAACCUCCCAGUCGUCUCGGGGGCCGUUGCCACCGUUCUCAUCAUCGGAGCUGGAACAACAGGACUUGCACUGGCACAAGGAUUUAAAAAGGCGGGGAUACCAUGCACUAUCUUUGAGAAGCACGAAAGCCUCAAUGCACUGCCUAGGGACUGGAAUAUGGGACUCCAUUGGGGGGCUGCCGCCUUACAAGGAGUCCUCAGCUGCGAGUUAUGGAACCGGAUCGAGACAGUUCAUGUCGACCCAAGUACCCCGGUGGCAGAGAAGGACGUCUUGAAAUUUAUCAAUUCCAGCACUGGUGAACCAAUGUCAGAGGUGCAUGUCUCCAAAUUCUAUCGAUUACGCCGGAGUAAGCUGCGCUCCUUACUCGAGGACGACCUGGAUAUCCGAUAUAACAAGGUCCUCAAGAACAUUUCGAUGUCGAGUGAUGGCCGGAUAGCAACAGUUCACUUUGAAGACGGCACCUCUUCCUCUGGACAGUUCGUUAUCGCCGCCGAUGGAGCCCGUUCAACUGCGCGUCAGCUUCUGCUGGGGAAGACUAGGGGUGCCAUACGGCGUCUACCGUACGCGGCUACCUUUAUACACGCGAAAUUCACGGUCGAGCAGGCGCUCCAUCUCCGCAGUUUCCAUCCUCUCUAUAUCGCAGGCAUCCAUCCGUCCGGCUUUUUCUCAUUCUUUGGUAUGCAUGACGCCGAGGACCCUGCCAGACCGGAAACAUGGACGUUCUUCUUUUAUAUCUCUUGGAAAUAUAGCCUCGAGGAACAGGACAGCACGUCUGGUUGGUCCAACAAGCAACGGCUAGACCAGGUCAAGUCGUUUGCUAAAGACUUUUGUGACCCUUGGAAAAGUGCCUUUGAGUGGAUUGGAGACGACCAUCAGGUCUGGUACAUGGGCCUGACUGACUUCGAUCCGGGCUCGGAGGGCCAUUGCUGGAACAACCAUGGUGGUCGAGUGACCCUCGCUGGCGAUGCUGCCCACGCCAUGACAUAUCAGCGCGGCCAGGGCCUGAACCACUCUGUCACCGAUGCUGCAAAACUCGUCAACGCCAUCACUGAUGCGGUAUCAGGCCUAUCGUCCAAGGCUACCUCGAUUUCAGCCUACGAGGAUGAGAUGAUUGCAAGAGCAGGGGGUGAAGUCAGAUUGUCUACCGUUAAUACGGAGAUGCUCCAUGACUGGGAGCGGGUGCUUGCAUCUCCAGUAUUAACAUCAGGAAUGAAACAUAAUAACCGAUGA